AUGUCGUCAGUGGUCCAGGCGUCGCUGACCGAGUCUUCCUCAUGCUCUGUAGUGAAGGAAGUCAAGUGUGAAGGCUCUAGUGGAUAUCCACCUGAAGAGUGCUACAAAUCUACUAAUGCCGGUGAUACAACUAAAUCUACACAUACGACACUGACGAGCGAUAGCAAGACGUUUGUUAAGGAUAACAAAUAUGUAGACACUAUUGAAGAGUGUGAAUCACGCGUUUACGAUAUUCAAUGCGCCGAUUGUGGAAAGGAAUUUCAAUUUGCAAAUGACAUGGUUGCGCACGGUCAAAGAAGGAAACAUCGACCGUUUGGGUGUCAGCACGAAGGCUGUGAUAACAGAUAUUCCAAGCGUGAGCAUCUAACGCGUCAUGUUGAGGCAGCUCACGUUCGCGGUACGAAACCUUCUUUGGAUGAGCAAAAGCUGUAUCAGUGCAAGCACUGUAAAGCCAGGUAUACUUACAAUCACGGUUUGACGAGGCACAUGAAGCGCUCGCAUUGGAAUGAAAAUUUGCCGUUUGAGUGUAGCAAGUGUCUUAAACGAUUUAAGAAGAAUAGUGAACUUCAAGCUCAUGCUUACGUCCAUACUGGUGUCCUGCCUUUUGAGUGCGAAGACUGUGGAGAACGUUUUUUGAAAAGAUUCUGGUUGACACGACAUCAAAGGAAGCAUACAGCAAACAAAAAUGCGGAUGUCCAAGCUCACGUGUGUGAAUGUUGCAAAAUAUGUUUUGACGAGGAAGAAAUGAAAAGGCACAAGCAGAGUGAGCGCUGUCACGAGGAUGUGAGCAUGAGGACGCAAGUGCACUUGUGUCUCGUCUGUGACCAAUCAUUUUCUCGAAAACAAUAUUUACGUGUCCACCUGCGUACACAUUUCGAGUCACUUGACGAUCGCAAGCAAUUUGUCUGUCCAAUGGAGUAUUGCAACAAAUCAUACACGCGAAAAUCAAACUUGAUGACGCACUACAAUGCAGUACACGAUGAGACCAAGUCAAAGCGUUUUGUGUGUCCACGCGAAGGUUGUGCAGCACGUUUUGGCUAUAAAACAGUGCUUAAGCAUCACAUCGAGAGCAUCCACGACAACCCAAAGCCACCAAAGCGACGUAAAUGUCAGUCUGCAGGUGUUUUUGAACGUGCGCUUGGUGUGAAUCAAGUUGGCGACGAAGUCAAACGUCUUCGGGUGUCCGCUGUAGAUAAUGUCUCCACUUAG